AUGGAGCGUUAUGAUCGCGCUAUUACAAUCUUCUCACCCGAUGGACACCUUUUCCAGGUUGAGUACGCACAAGAAGCCGUGAAGAAAGGUUCCACCGCAGUCGGUGUUCGAGGAAAGGACUGCGUCGUGAUCGGUGUGGAGAAGAAGUCGAUUCCGGCACUCCAAGAUGACAGAACGAUCCGAAAGAUCCAUAUGAUCGACGACCAUGUGAUGCUCGCUUUUGCUGGUCUGUCCGCUGACGCUCGUGUACUCGUCGAUCGUGCUCGCAUCGAAUGUCAAUCAUACAAGUUAACUCUUGAAGACCCUGUGACAGUAGCAUACAUUUCUAGGUACAUCGCAAAUACUAAACAGCGUUUCACGCAAUCUCCUGGUCGCCGACCGUUUGGAAUUUCGAUGUUGAUUGGCGGUUUCGAUUUCGAUGGACAUCCACGGCUUUUCAAAACGGAACCUUCUGGUGCUUAUUACGAAUAUCUGGCGAACUCUACUGGUCGCGGUGAGAAACCCGUUCGCGAGUAUUUGGAAGAACAUUACGGAGAUGACACUAUUAAGGACGAGGCGUCUACUCUCAAACUUGUGGUUAAGGCUCUUUCUCAGGUGGUUCAAUCGGGUGCUCAAAAUAUCGAGAUUGCCGUAAUGAAGAAAACUAAUGUUGUAGAACAAGAACGUGAAGCAGCAGAGGCAGAAGAAGCGAAAAAGAAGUAA